AUGAAUCCUUCACCACCCCAAUCUGUUCGAAUGGAUUGUGCAGGAAAAAUCAUCAGAGCUUCAAUCCAUACCUUCCUGAACUAUUUUCACUACUUCACCACCAUCCCAGUUCUCCUUUUGCUUCCUUUCUCAGCUUCUGUCCUUCUUUCACAAACCCCUUUCAAAUACUAUUCACCACUUUCUGAAACCAUCCAUCAUGCUGAUCAAUUUGAUUCCAUCUUUGGUCUUGCAGGGUUUUCUUUCUCCUCUCAGAUCAAAUCCCAAACUGUUUUCCCCUUUGUUUUUAGUCUCCCUUUUACAGUUUCAUCCUUCAUCAUGGCAAAAGCAUCUAUAAUUCAAGCUUUGAAUCAGCAUAAACCAUCUCUUCAAGCACCCUUUUGUAAUAUCAUAUCAGUUUAUAAACCUCUACUCUUAACGCACCUUUGCAGCUUAGUCAUGAUCAUUGCCAUCAACUUGGCAAUCUUUUCUCUCCUUUUCAUUUCCCUGAAUUCUCUGAAAUCAUUUUGGAUACCAUAUAUCAGCCUAAUUCUACCAGCUUUUGGAGCCGUUUUUUACUCUUUUUUUGCCAACACAGUUGUGGUUAGCAACUUAGCUUUGGUUGUGGCAGGGAUGGAAGCAUGUAAAGGACAUGUAGCAAUCUAUAAGGCUUGUUUGCUGAGAAAAGGUAAAAAUUCUAUGGCUCUCUUGUUGUUUCUCCCCACAAAUUUGGGCCUUGUUGCAAUUGAAGCCUUGUUUCAAUUCAGGGUGACAAGAAUUUACCUGUUUUUAGGAGAGAUUAGUGCAUCUAUGGCAUUGGAAGGGCUACUGAUUGCUUAUUUGUAUUCUCUCCUUAUUGUUCUUGACACAAUCAUCUGUUGCCUAUUUUACAAGAGUUGUGAAUCAAAUUCUAUGGCAAGUGGUCAAAUUCAUAGAAGUUGCUAUGAUAUUGAACUUGCCCAGGAAAGAGAGCCUUUUGAUGAAUGA